UUUCAUACUUCCUCUCCACGUUGAGAAGUAGACUAGACACCGGCGAUUAGUUGUUGUACCAUUUGGAAUAUUUAAAUCGUAAAAAUGGUUUUAGAUAUUGAACUCUUUAGGGCAGAUAAAGGAGGAAAUCCUGACAAAAUCAAAGAAAACCAAGCCAAGCGUUUUAAAGAUGUUACUUUGGUGGAUAAAGUAGUUGAAAAUGACACCCAGUGGAGAAAAAAAAGGUUUAGAGCUGACUUGCUGAAUAAACAGAAGAAUCUCUGUAGCAAAGUUAUAGGCGAGAAAAUGAAGGCAAAACAGCCACAGGGUGAUGACAAAACAGUGCCUGAUAAUAUCAAAGAAAACUUAGAAGAGUUCACCAAAGAGCAAAUUCAGGAUCUGACUGUAGUACAAAUAAAAGAACUCAAAAAUCUGAUUGAUGAACAGAUGAAAGUAAAUGAUGCCGAAUUAAUCAAGCAUGAACAGGAGAGAAAUGAAGCACUUAAAGAAGUAGGCAACCUUGUUCACGAGAGCUGCAUCAUCAGCAAUGAUGAGGAAGAGAAUGGAGUAGAAAGAACAUUUGGAGACUGCGAGUCCAGAAAGAAAUAUUCACACGUAGACUUAGUGGUCAUGGUAGAUGGGGUAGACACUGACCGGGGCUCAGUGACCUCUGGUGGAAGAGGAUACUACCUAAAGGGACCAUUGGUGUUUUUAGAACAGGCUCUCAUUAACCUAGCCAUGCAGACAUUGCAUGUGAAGGGUUACAUCCCUUUGUACACACCAUUCUUCAUGAGGAAGGAAGUGAUGCAGGAAGUGGCCCAGCUUUCACAGUUUGAUGAUGAGCUCUAUAAGGUAAUAGGGAAGGGCAGUGAGAAGUCAGAUGAUAGUACUUUAGAUGAGAAGUACCUGAUUGCCACCUCAGAGCAGCCAAUCGCUGCCUACCAUAGAGACGAGUGGAUCCCUACAGAGAGUCUCCCCAUCAAGUACCUCGGCUACUCAACCUGCUUCAGACAGGAAGUUGGAUCACAUGGGAGGGAUACCAGGGGAAUUUUCAGGGUCCACCAGUUUGAAAAGGUAGAACAGUUUGUGCUGACAUCACCCUUUGAAAACAAGUCCUGGGAAAUGUUUGAAGAGAUGAUCCUGAAUGCAGAGGAGUUCAAUCAGUUACUUGGCAUUCCAUAUAGAAUAGUCAAUAUUGUGUCAGGAGCAUUAAAUAAUGCUGCAGCCAAGAAGCUGGAUCUGGAGGCUUGGUUUCCGGCAUCUGGAGCAUUCCGUGAACUUGUCUCGUGUUCAAAUUGUCUGGAUUACCAGGCUCGUAGACUUAAAGUACGAUAUGGACAGACCAAAAAGAUGAAUCAGGAGGCUGAUUAUGUCCACAUGCUGAAUGCCACUAUGUGUGCCACCACCAGAACAAUAUGUGCCAUUCUAGAAAAUUACCAAGAAGAGGAUGGGGUGGUGAUACCAGAUGCCCUCAGGCAAUUCAUGCCUCCAGGAUAUGAAGUAAAAAUUCCAUUUGUGAAACCAGCACCCAUUGACCAAGAAGAAAGCAAAAAAACAAAGAAACACAAAGACGCCCAGAAAAAGAAAGAGAAAAAUGUGGCCGAGGGGGUGGAAAAGAUGGAUCUUAACAAAUGAGUGUGUUAAUUAAUUAGAACUAAUUUAUUUCCCUUGACUAUGUCUGUGAUGGAUUGUGCUGACAAAUAUGUGUCUACAUCUGUUGAACUCAUAUCAGUAUAUAAAUAAGAACUCUACAGAUUAUUUAUAUUCUGUAAUGUGGUACAUAUAUUGACUGUGGGCAUUUCCCCCCAAAAAGCAGGAUUUUAUUUACAUUGUUAGUAAUAUUUUUUGGCAGAAUUGUGAUUGAAGAAAUAUUCAAGUUACAAAAAAAAAUGUAUUGUUCAAGAGAAGUGCUAUAUGAAUACUGUCCAUUAUUUAAUUAAUACUAAGGAAAAAGUUUCAGACACAUUCACUGAAAGAUACUAAAAAUUAUUGUAAGAGCUGUGUGCCAUUUACAAUGUAAAUGUAUGUAGUACAGAGAAGUACCAAUACAUUUGUAAAAGUUAUUGAAUUUUCUCUUGGAUGUUUCUAUAGAUGACAAGACUUUAUAGUCUUGCUUUAUACUACUUAAUAUGACAAAAAAGAAAGUAAUGAAAUUGUAAUGCUAUUUUAAAUGUGCUUGUAAAAUGAUGUAUUGGUCAAUUUUAUGAAAGAUAAAAUAAAUCUAGAGAGUCUUAUAUGCUUUUUUUUUAGCUCUUUUACAGUCUUAAAAUGUUAAGAUGCUGGUCAUAUGUAAAAAUAUUUCUUAUAGACGAUUGUGUGUUCCAAAUUGAUAAAAUGAGCAAUAAACCUGCUCUCCAUUUUGUUGAAAGUUUUCAUCUAAUUAAUAAAACACUUGUUUUUAUACUCACAAGGUUAGUUUGAAAUGGAUUAGAGGAAAUGAUCACAGCUGAUAGCGAAGAAAAUUAUACAAACAGCUUUUUGUUAAUAAACUGGAUGUUGUGCUUUUUAAAAAUACCUUAUACAGGAUAUUUUAGCAUCAAAUGAUAUAUCUGGUUCCUAUGAAAUAGGAAAGGGAAAUGUUUUUCAGAUAUUGUGUUCUGAUUUGCUGAAAUACCUAUGAAAUAUGCCUGGAUGAGUCAUUUGGUACAAAAUGUAAUAUUUUUUAAACACAUUUUUAUAUUAAUUUGCUAUCUCUGGGUCAUCAUUCCAUGAUUUUUAAACGUUAUAGUGCAUUUUAACUAAACAAAAUGAGCAAACAUUUGUAAAUUACUGCCCUGCUUCAUUAUUCUUUUUAUAUCACAGUGGCACUAGUAUAGGAUACAUGUACCUGUCUUUUACAGAGAUGAAUCUAAUUUUUGGGGGUUUGAUCCUGGCAUGGAGACUUUUUUUUUUUUUUUUGGAAAAUGAUCAAGUCGUUUGUCAGAUUAAUUUUAUUUAUAAUGAUUAUUGCACUGAGAGAGCGAAGGCCAUACUUUCUUCAACAACUGAUAUUUCAUGCAUUUGCAUUUAACUGUACUCUAUAUUUAUAAUUAACUAAGUGAAUUGAUGCUAUGGUAUCAUAAGCAAACUUUAAAUAUUACAUUUUUUGACGAGGUUUUUGACUGGAAUGUAACAUUUUUUUACGUGUGUAACUUUCUUGUAGUCUGCAGAUUAGAGCCAAAUAGUCCAUCUCCUUUGACAGAAUCCUUUUCCAUGCAAAAUAAAAAAAAAAAAAAACUAGAAAUAUGUCCAUAGAACAUGAAUUCCCCGCCGAGGGUAUAUUAGUAAUGCAACUUGAAAAUUUGUUUUAGUGUAUGAAAUUUGAUGAGAAUAUCUUGAAUAGUUUCUUUAAAAUUGACAUUGAAAUCUAAAAAGUUGGAUAUAGAUGAUAAAUUUUCGCCAAAUUA